AUGGGCACUGGUAUGGACAGGUUUCUGUGGUCAGUGGUGCUCCUGCUGCCAGUCUUUGGAGUUUCUGUGGCUCUGCCAUCCAGCUGGCUGCCAGGCACGUAUGAAAACACAGUACCAAGUCUGCAACAGUUCCUCCAUGACUACAACAGUACUGCUGAAGAAGUGUUUUUCCACAGUGUGUCUGCAUCCUGGAACUACAACACUAACUUGACUCAACACAACUCGGAGCUCCAGGUAGCUGCAUCCAUGGAUAAGCAGGCCUUCAGUGAAGCUUGGGGGAAGAAGGCCACUGGGACCUUCACUCAGCCAGUGAUUGACGCUCUCCCCACUCAAACAGACAAGAGACUCUAUCUAAAGAUAGUUGAACUGGGACCUGCCAACCUGCCUGAAACAGAGAGGCAGGAGUAUAACACAAUUCUCAGCACCAUGGACAAUAUUUACUCAACAGCCAAAGUGCAUCCACAGCCUAAUGUAAGCUGGAGCCUAGAGCCUGAGCUGACAGACAUCAUGGCCAACUCUAGGAGCUAUAAGAAGCUUCUUUUUGCCUGGGAAGGCUGGCACAAUGAAUCAGGUGUACCUCUGAAGAGUUACUAUCCCAGGUUUGUGGAGCUCAGCAACAAAGGCUCUCGUGCUGAUGGCUUUGCUGACACAGGAGCCGUCUGGAGGUCUUGGUAUGAAAGUAAAAACUUUGAAAAUGAUUUGAGGGAGCUGUAUAAGACUGUGGAGCCCCUCUACCUACAUCUACAUGCCUUUGUGCGACGCCAGCUCUACAACCAGUACGGCCCCAAGUACAUCAACCUUAAAGGACCUAUCCCAGCUCACCUGUUGGGAAAUAUGUGGUCUCAGACAUGGAACAAUAUCUACAGUAUGAUGAUCCCAUUUCCUGACAAACCCAACCUGGACGUCACUGAUGAAAUGGACAAACAAGGCUACAAUGCCACACACAUGUUCCGUGUUGCUGAGGAGUUCUUCACUUCUUUGGAUUUAGCACCAAUGCCUGCAGAGUUUUGGAGCGGAUCCAUGCUGGAGAAGCCUAAUGAUCGAGAGGUGGUGUGCCAUGCCUCUGCUUGGGACUUCUACAACCGCAGAGACUUCAGGAUCAAGCAAUGUACCACAGUGACAAUGGAGCAGCUGUCCACAGUGCACCAUGAGAUGGGACACGUCCAGUACUACCUCCAGUACAAAGACCAGCCCGUGGGGUUCCGUCGCGGGGCCAACCCUGGUUUUCACGAGGCUAUCGGAGAUGUUUUGUCCCUCUCUGUUUCUACCCCAAAACAUUUGCACACCAUUGGCCUUCUGGACACAGUGACAAAUGACUAUGAAACUGACAUUAACUACCUGUUGAAGAUGGCUCUGGAGAAGAUUGCCUUCCUUCCCUUUGGCUACCUCAUCGACCAGUGGAGAUGGGAUGUUUUCAGCGGACGCACGCCCACAGAACGUUACAACUCUGACUGGUGGUACCUCAGGACAAAAUACCAAGGCAUCUGCCCACCCACCAGACGCACAGAGGAGCACUUUGAUGCUGGUGCAAAAUACCAUGUUCCUGGAAACACACCAUACAUCAGGUAUUUUGUCAGCUUCAUCCUGCAGUUCCAGUUUCAUGAAAAACUCUGCGAGGCUGCUAAUCACACUGGGCCCCUGCACACAUGUGACAUCUACCGCUCUAAAGAAGCAGGAGCCAUCCUAAAGAAAGUUCUUCAAGCCGGUUCCUCUGAACCUUGGCAGGAUGUUCUCAUGGACGCUUUAGGCACCAACAAAAUGGAUUCAACGUCACUGAUAAAAUACUUUGAUCCCAUUCUGAAGUGGCUGGAAGAGCAAAAUGUGAAUGAGACCUUAGGAUGGCCUGAUUUUGACUGGACCCCCCCUAUACCUGAGGGCUAUCCUGAAGAUAUUGACAAAAAUACAGAUGAGCUUGAUGCAAAGGCGUUUUUGGCUCAGUACAACAGCACUGCUGAGGUGGUGUUUAACGCCUACACUGAAGCCUCCUGGGCCUACAAUACUGACAUCACUGAAGCCAAUAAGGAGACCAUGCUCCAAAAGAACCUGGAGAUGUCCGCCCACACCCUGGAAUAUGGAUUGAAGGCCCGUCAGUACGACACCACCGACUUCCAGGAUGCUUCAACCAAACGCAUCAUCAAGAAACUCAGUGACAUUGAAAGAGCUGCGCUGCCCUCAGACCAACUGAAAGAGUACAACCAACUCCUAUCAACUAUGGAGACCAAGUACAGUGUGGCUGAGGUCUGCAGAGAGAAUGGGACAUGCCAUCCACUGGACCCAGAUCUUCAGAAGAUUAUGGCCGAGUCCAGAGACUAUGAUGAACUGUUGUUUGCCUGGAAAGGAUGGAGAGAUUCUGCAGGCAAAAUACUCCGCCAGGAUUACAAAAGAUAUGUCGAGCUGGCCAACAAAGCUGCCACACUCAAUGGUCAUACUGAUAAUGGAGCCUUCUGGCGUUCUCUGUAUGAAACCCCAACCUUUGAGCAAGACCUGGAGGCGUUGUGGAAGGAACUGGAGCCACUGUAUCUAAAUGUACAUGCCUAUGUUCGCAGGGCUCUGUACAAAAAGUAUGGUGAAAAGCACAUUAACCUGAAAGGCCCCAUUCCUGCACACUUACUGGGCAACAUGUGGGCACAGACGUGGUCCGGCAUAAUGGAUUUGGUCAUGCCCUACCCACAUGCCACACAAGUCGAUGCCACUCCAGCUAUGGUUGCACAGGGCUGGAACCCCAUCAGAAUGUUUCAGGAGUCUGACAAUUUUUUCACGUCACUGGGUCUGACGCCAAUGCCACAAGAGUUCUGGAACAAAUCUAUGCUAGAGAAACCCUCUGAUGGACGUAAAGUGGUGUGCCAUGCCUCUGCCUGGGAUUUCUACAACAGAAAAGACUUCAGGAUCAAACAGUGCACGGUUGUGACCAUGGACGACCUGAUCACUGUGCACCAUGAGAUGGGCCACGUCCAGUACUUCCUGCAGUACAAGGAUCAGCCGGUGUCCUUCCGUGAUGGUGCAAACCCCGGGUUCCAUGAGGCCAUCGGGGAUGUGCUGGCUCUGUCUGUGUCCACACCCAAACACCUGCACAGCAUCGGCCUCCUGGACAAAGUUGAGAGCAACCAUGAGAGUGACAUCAACUUCCUUAUGAGCAUGGCCCUUGACAAGAUCGCAUUCCUGCCUUUUGGAUAUCUGAUGGACCAGUGGAGAUGGAAGGUAUUUGAUGGACGUAUUCCAUCGUCUGAGUACAAUAAAGAGUGGUGGAACCUCAGACUGAAGUACCAGGGACUGUGUCCUCCUGUAACAAGGACUGAGGAUGACUUUGAUCCAGGUGCAAAGUUCCACAUUCCUGCCAAUGUGCCCUAUGUGAGGUACUUUGUAAGUUUCGUCAUCCAGUUCCAGUUCCACAAGGCUCUGUGCCAGGCUGCCAACCAAGUGGGUCCCCUACAUACCUGUGACAUUUACAAGUCGAAGGAAGCCGGGAAACUGCUGGGUGAUGUGAUGAAGCUGGGCUUCAGUAAGCCUUGGCCUGAGGCUAUGACCAUGAUAACUGGUCAACCCAAAAUGUCCGCCCAGCCGCUCAUGGAGUAUUUCAAACUACUCAUUGAUUGGUUGGAGGAAGAAAAUAACAAGAACAACGAUAUUCGUGGGUGGCCUGAGUAUGACUGGAAACCACAUAUGUCCAACAAUACAAUAGCUGAAACCAAACCUGGUAAAGUGGACUUCCUGGGAAUGAGCAUCGAUGGCCCAGCAGCCAUAGCGGGACAGUGGAUCCUGUUAGUCCUCGGCCUGGUUCUGUUGGUAGCCACCAUCCUGUUGGCUUACAAGUAUAGGAAGUCAAAAAAGCCUGAAAAGUCCUUAUCCACUAUGGAACUCAAGCAAAAAGACUAGUCAUCAGUGACGGUGAAAGGGCUGGAAUCAGGCUUCCCUUACUGUAGCUAGGACAGUACCAACCUCAAUGUGAACAUCAGUGUUUUUGUGUACUGUACAGAACAUCUGAACACAUUUGCUUUUUGUCUGCCUCCCUGUCUGGUCUUUGUAUUUAUUGUACACACAUUGAGUCAAAUUAUUUUGCCUAUGCAAAAGAAUAUUAUUUUUGCAUAGAAUUUUUAAGAAUUUUUGUAAUUUAUUUUUUAAUAUUUGAUGUUUGGGGAGGAAAUACUUUAAAUGAAUGUCUGUAAAGUCAUUAAUUAUGUGAGCAUUUGUUGUCUCUUUUGUUGAACCCUCUGCAUUCUACAAUAAACACACUAAAGAAUGU